AUGGAAAAGUCAGAAGAUCACCUGAAGAGGAGCUCUUCAAACGACCCCGAGUCCGCUUCCGACCAUGCAGUUGGGAAUACUGCAGUCAUUGAUGUGGAGGGUGAGCGUUCAUACGUAAGAAAGUUGGAUUAUUUCCUGCUGCCAUUUCUCUCGCUCAUGUACUUCUUCAACGCCGUCGAUCGCUCCAACCUGGGCAACGCAAAGACCGAUGGGCUCGAACAGGAUCUCAACUUCAAGGGCAACGAGUACAGCCUACUGAUUCUCUUGUUCUACAUUCCUUUCGGCACUCUUGACCUUCCCCUCAAUCUUCUCACCAAAAAGUUCUCGGCUAGAUGGGUGUUGCCGACUCUGAUGGUUGUAUGGGGCGGGAUUGCAACUGUCCAGAUCGCAACGACCAACUUCGCUGGUCUUCUGGUUCUUCGGCUCUUGUUGGGAGCCUGCGAGGCUGGCUUCUUCGCCGGCGUGGUUUUCUACUUCACGCUAUUCUAUCGAAGAUCCGAGCUUGGCUUUCGAGUUGCCAUCUUUUUCGGCAGCGCCCUUUUGGCUGCGGCUUUCAGCGGGCUCAUCUCAUACGGCGUCUUCCAGAUCCAGGGCACGAAGCUCCAGGGUUGGCAAUGGCUGAUGCUGAUAGAGGGCCUCCUGACUGUCAUCGUCGGAGUCAUCGCAUUCUGGUGGCUGCCGGCUUCUCCCUCGACUGCAUGGUUUCUUACCGAAAGAGAGAAGGCCGCGGCCAUGGCUCGUACCCUCCGCGACGGCUCAAACAAAGUCGAGUCGGAGUUCAGCUGGAAAGAAUGCUUCACCUUCUGGAAAGACUGGAAGUUCGCGCUCUGGUGCAUGAUCAGCUUCACCUACCCAGUCGCCUUCGCCACCACUUCCAACUUCCUGCCUCAGAUCGUGCAGCGACUUGGGUACAGCGUCAUCAAAACCAACCUUUGGACCGUUGCACCCAACGCAGUCGGAUUCGUCAUUCUCCUGAUAUUCGCCGAGUCCUCCGAUUACUUCCACGAGCGGACGUUUCACGUAUUCACUUCGUUGGCGAUCUCGCUUGUGGGGAUGAUUAUUCUCAUCGCUGUCGAUGUUCUCAACAACCGAGGGGUCGCCUACUUCGCAACGUUUCUGAUGGCUGCAGGCAGUUACACACCUUCUUGUCUUAUCCAGUCCUGGCAUAAUAACAACAAUCUCAACGAGAAUAGCCGCGCCGCGACGACUGGUCUGCUGGUUGGUAUGGGAAACUUUGCUGGCAUCAUGUCUGCCGCAACCUUUCGAACAGACGGUUGCAUCACCAGCGUUGAACUGGUCGCUCGAUGUCUGCGCCGUAUCAGCACAUAUGACUGUCGAAACACCGCCCUCAACUCAAUACCGAUUCUGAACAAUGCCAUAUUCGAAGAAGCGGCACGGUCAGACGACAGACGUGCUUCCGGCGGCCCGGUACGACCUCUCGAAGGUAUUCCUUAUACUGUCAAAGACAGUUACAAAGUCAAAGGCAUGGUAGCGGCAGCAGGAUCACCUGCCUUCAAAGAUCUCAUCUCCAACGAGGACGCCUUUAUUGUUGCGAAAAUCCGCGAAGCUGGUGGGAUACUGGUCGGACGUACGAACAUGCCAGCUGUUGCCUGUGGCGGGAUGCAGAGGGGCAUAUGGGGCAGAGCCGAAAACCCAUAUAACCCUGAAUAUCUAGCUGCAGGAUUCGCAUCGGGCUCAUCGAACGGAUCUGGUGUUUCGACAGCGGCGUCGUUUGCCUCAUUUGGCCUCGGCGGCGAGACGGUCUCUUCCGGUCGGUCUCCUGCGUCCAACAAUGCCCUCGUAGCGUAUACGCCAUCCCGAAACUUCCUCUCCGCGCGAGGGACUUGGCCGCUAUAUCCAACUUGCGACGUCGUCGUUCCCCACACGAGAAGCAUGAAGGACAUGCUGGCUCUUCUUGAUGUUAUUGCCGCGGAAGACCUGGUGAAAGCAGGUGACUUUUGGCAAGAGCAGACCUUCGCUCCUCUCCCGGACCCAUGGCAAGACAAGCCGACUUCAUUCAAGGAGAUUGCUUCCUCUAAGUCCCUUUCAGGCUUCAGGAUUGCGGUUCCGGAGAUGUAUGUCGGUGGCCCUACUCCCAAGGGAGCAAAGAAGGUGGAAACCAGUCCGGCAGUCAUCGAACUGUGGAAACAGGCACGAAAGGAUCUUGAGACGCUUGGCGCCGAGGUUGUCAUGGUUCCCGACUUUCCGGUUGUCACGGCGUAUGAGAACGACGACUUACUUCCAGAGGGCUGUCUAAGAAGACCAAAAGAUUGGGUUGCCGUGGAACGAAGUGCUCUCAUUGCGCACGCGUGGAAUGAUUUCUUGAAGGGCUUCAACGAUCCGAACACUCCGGAUUUAUCCGCUGUUGACCCUUUCAACAUCUAUCCCGACUCACUGAGAACCGAGCCGGAGUUGAGACACUUCGACAAGCCGAACGCCAUCCUAUACAACAAUCUAGUAGAUUACAUCGGCAAAGGAACCAUCUACGACGUCGAAGGACUCGAUGUAGCCGUCAAAGCUUUGGAGGUUAUGCGCAAGGUGCUCCUGGAAGAUUGGCUGACAAGCCUGGGCUGCGAUUUCGUCGUCUUCCCAGCGGCCGGCGAUGUUGGGCCUGCCAACGCGGAUUCAAGCUUCGAGGGUGCUGACCUGGCUUGGCGGAACGGUGUUCACUACAGCAAUGGCAACAGAGCCAUUCGUCACUUGGGCAUUCCGACGGUGUCUGUACCUAUGGGGAUACUCGCAGACAAAGAUGUCCCGAUGAACCUGACCUUUGCUGGUCGAGCAUACGACGAUGUGAAGUUGCUGAAGUGGGCGAAUGCAUUUGAGACGAGGACUCAGCACCGCGUUCCGCCGCCUCAUACGCCCCCUCUCGACACCGACGUGAUUCAACUUAAUCGGCAUGUUGAUUUCAACAUACCACGGCCGGAGUUGACGGUUUCAAAGGUCGAAGUCGUGCCGGACGAAGAUGAUCAGGCUUCAUCGACUUUGAAUGUGACUAUAUGUGGCUCGAUUGAGGUAUCAGCGACGGUUGAGGGUGUUCCCGCCGUGGAGCUAAUGGUUGAUGGGGAUUUGAUUCCUUCUGCCAACAUGUGUAUAAAGCUGGUGCGCCAUGAAGGUGAAGGCACAUCGUGUUUCUCGUUCAAGGCAUGGGCGAAGGCCCCAACGCCAGUCAAGAGGGAGGGACUGGAGAAGACAUGGGCUCCUGUUGCUCGCGAUAAGAUUAUGAUUGUCCUCUUGGCCAGAGCUGCUGAAAACACCAGACCUACGGGCUCAAUUGGAUUGGUUUGA